CAAAUUUUUAUAUGCGGAAGAAAUUGCACGGAAUACUCGUUUCUCAGAAUUUCCUACUCAGAAAUCGAGUUGUCAAGAAUCAAGACUCGCUGUUGAUUGACGCAACCCUUUUUUAGGUAAAUAUCAAGUGUGUAUACAGUGACGAACCAGGUUUCCCAGUAUGGCUGAGCCGUCAGCUCCUCCCAGCUAUAUGGAGGCUACUACUGACCAGCAAUACCCCCCUGGACAGCCUGGAGUAGCCCCUUACCCACCUCCUACAGGUGCUCCUUACCAGGCCGCUCCAUACCCACCAGCUGGGCAGCCCUACCCACCUGCUGGAGGUGCAGCCUACCCACCACAAACGGGAGGUACAGCUUAUCCACCACCAGCAGGAGGUACAGCUUAUCCACCACCAGCAGGCCAGCCUUACCCUCCACCCUCUGGACCACCACCACAGCAAGCAGGGUACCAGAGUGCACCUCCACCAGCCAGUUACGGACAAGGAGGAGGAGGAGGAAAUCCCCAUGGUGAUGUGGAGGAAGGCUUCACAGCUGAAAGGGGUUUCAACAACAAAUCCAUUCGAGCUGCUUUCAUCAAGAAGGUAUACUUUAUCCUCUUCAUUCAGUUGUUGGCGACCUUCGGAAUUAUCUGCGUCUUCGUUUAUGUAGAGCCUGUGAAUUCAUAUGUGAGGACUAACAGUUGGCUGUACUGGUGCUCUUACGCUCUGUUCCUGGCUAUGUACAUUGUCCUUGCGUGCUGCCCUACCGUUCGUAGGAAGUAUCCUGGAAAUGUUGUUGCACUGGCAGUGUUUACCCUCUGUCUAUCUUACAUGGCUGGAACAAUUUCAAGCUACUAUGGGGACAAUGCUGGUCAGUCAGUCUUGGUCUGUAUGGGUAUCUGUGCGGGAGUGACCCUUGGUGUGAGCCUGUUUGCCAUCCAGACCCGGUUUGAUUUCACCUCCUGUGGAGGGUUUCUCUUUGUGUUCAGUCUCUCUCUAUUCCUCUUUGGGUUCAUUGCCAUCUUCACUCGCAGCAGCAUCCUCUACACAGUUUAUGCUUGGUUGGCAGCUUUGCUUUUCACAUUGUUCCUCGCAUAUGACACCCAGCUGUUGAUCGGAGGGCGCCGUUAUGAGCUGUCUCCGGAAGAAUACAUAUUCGGUGCCAUGAACCUGUACGUGGACAUAGUCUACCUCUUCCUCAUCAUCCUUGCCUGCUUUGGUGGGGGGAAGUGAUCUUAGGAACUGGCUCUCUCUCUCUCUCUCUCUCUCUCUCUCUCUCUCUCUCACUCUCUCUCUCUCUCUCUCUCUCUCUCUCUC